GAAAUCGACGGUCGAGGCCUGUCGGUUACCAUCGUCUCGUGUCGAUUGUUUAGUAUAUACACGACCGACUGCUUUUCGAAAACUGCAGUUUGAAAGAAUAAUAAGUCAGUGAAACAUCGUUUGUGAAUAUUAGAAAAAAGGCGGAUUUUAAAGAAUUUGCAAUUGAUAUUAAGUGGUUUUUUAUUUAAUUAGUUUAAGUGUUAUAUAAGUGCAAAAUCAUGACGUUAAUAGUGAAAUGGCUCAGUUCUUUUCUGCUGAUCGCAUCCUUGGCAUUAGCACAAGUGACCCCCAAGGACCCCGCCUGCAUAGAAGGCUUCGAUGGCAACAUCCACGCCCUGGACGCGGCUGAAUUGGACUUCUCUUUACGAAUGUUAGCUGCUGCAGUUCGAUCUGCACCUGGUCAAAGUGUAUUUUUUUCACCUUACAGCAUUUAUCAAGCUUUGCUCUUAGCGUAUUUCUCUAGUGCUAACCAUACCGAAGCUAACUUGAAGAAAACAUUAGCUAUCGAGGAACAUGUGCCAAAACUACAAGUUCUGCAUGGAUAUAACUUUGUGAGAAAAAUGCUUGGAUAUAGAACGAAUCAAUCAUAUGAAUUCAAUUCUGCUGAUCGUCUUUUUGUAGCUCAAGAUGUACCAAUUAGGGAUUGUAUUCAAGCUGUCAUGAGAGAUCAAAUUCAACAUUUGGAUUUCAAGAGCAAUCCUGAAGCAGCCAGACAAAUUGUUAAUGGAUGGGUAGCAAGUGAAACCAGAGACCACAUCAAAGACUUAAUUCCUCCAAGUGGAAUUACUGCUGCUACUGAUUUAGUACUUGCCAAUGCUGCUUACUUUAAGGGUAAAUGGCAAGCUCAAUUCGAUCCUGCAUUUACUAAAAAGGACAUUUUUUACACUUCUCCAUCCAAACAUACUAUGGUUGACAUGAUGAGACAAGAAGGACAUUUCCAACAUUUUCAAUCAGAGAACUUGGGAGUUCACGUACUUGAAAUGCCAUAUUUAGGUGGUGAUAUUUCUAUGUUAAUUCUGUUACCACCAUUUACAAACACCAGACUAGAAGACACUUUAGAUCGCUUGACACCAGCCGAACUUGCUACUUUAUUGGCUGAAGAUGCGCCACAGAGAUUAGUUCAUGUAGAGAUACCCAAAUUCUCAAUUGAGAAGCAAAUUGAAUUGAAACCGGUAUUGCAACAACUCGGAGUAGGUGAUUUAUUCGAUGCUACUGCAGAUUUAUCAGGAUUAGCCCCACAAGGCCACGUACAUUUAGAUGAUGCAGUACACAAAGCCAAAAUUGAAGUCGAUGAGCAAGGAUCAGUUGCGGCUGCUGCUACAGCUCUUUUCAGCUUCAGAUCUUCGAGGCCUCUAGAACCUGCCCAAUUCGUCUGCAAUCAUCCAUUUGUUUACUUGCUUUAUGAUCGCAAACUCAAAUCCAUAUUAUUCAUGGGACUUUACCGUGGUCCAAAUGUAUAAUUUAGAAGUAAAUUCCAAAACCAAAAAUUGAGAUGAGGAUUAUUUAAAGUUUAUGAUGAUUUAGUUGUACCUGAAGAUAAAACAAAUGCAUAUUUGGUACGAAUAUGUUUUUGUUUGAAAAUGUAGAUAUUUAUUAUUAACAAAAAUAGUAGGACUUUCAUAUAUCAUAUAACUUUUAUGUUUUUAAUGCAAAAGUGACAUUUUAGAAAGAGAUUUAACAAACAAAAGUGGUUAACAUGAACUACAUACGAUUAUCUUUUACUAUUUAUAUACUUUAGUAAUCCAUACUCAUUUUUCUUAGGCG